AUGGAUGCAUCUGGCGCCGGCCCCUCCUCCAACCCCACUCCCACCAGGCCCCGUCUCACGGUGGACGUUGAGGGGCGGCCUUCACCAACCCCGCCACCGGCGCUCCACGCUGGGGACGCCAUCGUCGUCGCCCCAAUGAGAGGGCCACGCACCGUGGAGGAAAUCUACGAGGACUUCUCUGCCCGCCGCAGCGCUCUCGUCCGAGCCCUCACCACCGAUCAGGAGGAAUUAUAUGGUCUAUUAUGCGAGCCAGGAAAGAAAGCACUGUGCUUGUACGGCCACGCGGACGGGAGCUGGGAGUUGAGGCGGCCGGAUGAGUUGGCGCCACCCCACAUGCCGGAGCCGACGCUGGGCGUCAACUUCCGGCCGGAUUACAUAAGCCCUUUCGCCUGGCUCGAGUUCAUUGCCCAACGGGCUGAUUCAUGGCUCAUCGGCGUCGCAUUUUUCUUCGCCGCUUGCCUCAACGCCAAUCACAGGAUGCGUUUAUUUGAUAUGAUGAAUAAUUUGCCAACUGUCUAUCGAACAUUAUGUGUGAAGAUAACUGCUUCUGAAUCAGCACAUAUCAAGGAUUACAAGUGUCCUGACUGCACCCUCGAAGAUACCAGAGAGUAG